AUGACCAACGUGUCGCGCCUUCGAGAGUACGAAGAGACUAAGCUUAUUGGAAUGAAGGAAAAGCAAAUGGGACUUGAGAUCAGUAAGGACAAGUGA